AUGGGGGCGCGUCGCGACGAGCGUGCACGGGCGUGCAUGGGGUGGUGGGGUCCGGAGACUCGGGUUGAUCAGGCGGUGGAUCCGAGGAAGCAGGAUCGGCCAGAGAUUUGGGGAUACCCUAGGAAGACGCAGCAGAUAUACUCCACUGAUAUCACCUGGUUGUCACGGUUAACUUCCCUUGAGCACCUGGAUAUGACUGGGGUGAACCUCAGUACAAUUGUUCACUGGCUUCCGGUGAUUAACAUGCUUCCAACUCUGAAAGUUCUUCGUCUUCCCUUUUGCCAGCUUGGAAGUACCCCUGAUUCUCUUCAGCUCUCAAAUCUGACAUCUCUUGAAACACUCGACCUUUCAGAAAACAACUUCCAUAAGCAUAGCAGGCCCACCUGGUUUUGGGAUUUAACCAGCCUCAAGCAUCUAGACAUCUCGUUCAAUGGUUUCUAUGGCCCGUUUCCGGACGAGAUAGGUAAUAUGACCUCGAUUGUGGAGCUUGAUUUAUCAGAUAAUAACCUUGUGGGCAUGAUACCAUCCAACAUGAAGAACCUAUGUAAGUUGGAGACAUUAGAUUUUUCUGUGAACAAUAUCGACGGGAGUAUAGCAGAGUUAUUCCAUCGAUUACCCAGCUGUUCACAGAAUAAACUACAACGGUUGUCUCUACACGACAACAAUCUGACUGGAAGCCUACCAACUACACUAGUAGAGCCCUUGAGAAACCUGAGCUGGCUGGAACUUGGUCGGAACAAAUUCACUGGUCAUGUCCCGGUGUGGAUAGGAGAGCUCACACAGCUAACUUUGUUGGACCUUAGCUUUAAUAACCUGGACGGGGUUAUGCAUGAAGGCCAUUUAUCACGUCUAGCUAUGUUAGAGCAAUUGAUAUUGUCCUACAACUCCAUUGCCAUCACACUGAGUCCAACUUGGGUCCCUCCUUUCAGCCUAAAUUGGAUUGCACUUCGGUCCUGUCUGCUAGGGCCUAAAUUCCCAAUGUGGCUUAAAUGGCAAACAUCCGUAAAGAGUCUUGAUAUAUCAAACACAAGCAUAAAUGACAUGGUGCCGGAUUGGUUUUGUACAGCAGCUUCCUCAGUAGAAUAUUAUCUGAAUAUUCGAAAUAAUCAGAUUACAGGAGUGCUCCCAUCAACAAUGGAAUUUAUGAGAGCAGAGGUAAUGGAUUUCAGUUCUAACCAGCUUGGUGGUCCAAUACCUAAACUUCCCAUCAAUCUAACCGACCUGGAUCUGAGUCGGAACAAUCUUGUUGGGCCACUACCAUUAGACUUUGGAGCGCCGGGGCUUGAAACACUUGUUCUAUAUAACAACAUGAUCUCUGGGGCCAUUCCAUCUUCAUUGUGCAGAUUGCGAGAAUUGAGGUUGUUAGAUCUAUCAAGAAAUAACCUCAAUGGAUCAAUUACCGAUUGCCUAGUCAACAAGUCCAUCACAGACAUGACAGAUCUGGGCAUCGUUAAUCUAAGCUUGAGAAACAACAACCUCUCUGGUGAAUUUCCUUCACUUCUCCAGAAAUGUCCACAACUCAUCUUUCUUGAUCUCGGACAUAAUCAAUUCGUUGGGACUUUACCAGCAUGGAUUGGGGAGAAGCUAUCAUCUUUGUCAUUCUUACGACUGAGAUCCAAUAUGUUUUAUGGUCACAUUCCAGUUGAGCUUACAAAGCUUGUUAAUCUGCAAUAUUUGGACCUUGCGUACAACAAUAUAUCAGGGAGCAUACCAAGAUCUAUUAGUAACUUCACAGGCAUGACACAAACAAGAGGCAACUCUGAUAAUCUUCAGAAUACGUUAACUUUUGAAAGAGCGGAUGGUGAGAGACUAGUAUUUGUCUAUGUUGAGAAUUUCACGAUACUCACGAAAGGUCAAGAGAGACAAUAUACAGGAGAAAUCAUAUAUAUGGUGAAUCUUGAUUUAUCUUGUAACAGUAUUACCGGAGAUAUCCCUGCAGAAAUUGGCGCUCUUGUAGCAUUGAAGAACCUGAACUUAUCAUGGAACAACUUCAGUAGAAAAAUCCCUGAGAAUAUUGGCGCCUUAAUUCAAGUGGAGUCACUUGACCUAUCACACAAUGAUUUGUCUGGUGAAAUCCCUUCAAGCUUAUCGGCUCUCACACCAUUGAGUCACCUGAACGUGUCCUACAACAAUCUGGGAGGGAAGAUACCAACUGGAAAUCAGCUGCAAACACUUGAAGACCAGGCAUCUAUUUAUAUUGGCAACCCGGGUCUCUGCGGCUCUCCUCUCUUGCGGAAUUGCCCGCAGCCUGAGCCAAUUCCAGGAGAAAACCAUGGAGAUGCAAGCGAUGACUUGGUUUCCUUUCUCCUCGCCAUGAGCUCUAGAUUUGUAAUGGGUCUCUGGGUGGUCUUCUGUACCUUCUUGUUCAAGAGGAGAUGGAGAGCUGUUUGGUACUCGCUCUGUGACAGCCUGUAUGAUUGGGUUUAUGUGCAUGUGGCUAUUACCUGGACUUCCUUGAGAGGUAUUGUACUAGAAGUGGUCAGGAUAUGUAUUCAAGGUUUUUAUGCUGUUUUCCUUGGUGUACUAGAACCAGCAUUGGUUCUUGGUUUGCUGUGGACAUUGCUCGGGCACCGGGCCGGCUAUCCGGUGCCCGAGCACUGA